GUCAAUUAUUUCACCGCUCAUCUUGGUUGGUACCGAGUAUGGCUUUAUCAAAGGGAUACAAGACGCGGAAGACAUCCGUAUUACCAGACUUCGCAUCAGUAAAUUUUGCUUCAAAACUUCGUUCAAGAUUCAGAUGUCCAGUGUGUAAAAACCCUCGGAAAGAACCUGUACAGACUGAAUGUGGGCAUCGAAUGUGUAGUGAAUGUCUUCAACAAAUAUUGAGAAAUCCAAAUCCUCAUUGUCCUUUAGAUAAACAGCCACUCUCUGAAAGACAAGUAUUCAAUGAUGUCUGCUGCAAGCGUGAGGUUCUUGGGCUCAUUUGUUUCUGCAUGAAUCACAAGCAUGGAUGUGGAUGGAAAAAGGAACUGAUGCACUUAGAAGAGCACUUACGUCAUUGCGAAUAUCGAGAAGUUCCUUGCCCGAAUCAAGGAUGCAAAGAAAUGAUUCCAAUGAAAAAACUUGAUCAUCACGUGGAAGAAUCUUGUCUUUAUAAACCAUGUCAACACUGUGGGGAACAUGUACCUGAAGUCCAGAUGGAGGCUCAUCUGCGUAAAUGUGAAAAGGUCCCUAUUACUUGUCAGUAUUGUGGAAUGAGUGRUAUUUUGCGUGAGCUUCAAAACGAUCAUAUCGAAAACCACUGUGAAGCAGCAGAAAAACCCUGCAAAUUCAAAGAUGUUGGGUGUCUCUUCAAGGGUAAAUUAGAAGACCUUAAUGAGCACUACGAUUGCCAGAAGGACGAGCAUCUCAAACUGACAGUUCAAUCUAUGUACUCAUCAAAGAAACUGCAAGAGGAAUUGAGCCAAAAAGUGGAUAAAGCUAAAGAGAAGACUGAAAAACUGGAAAAAGAAUUGUCUGAGCACCGAGAAUCGUUGGCUGCAAACGCACAGAACUUGAGAUCUUACCAGGCUAGACUGAGUAAAGCUGAGAAUGGUGUUUCUGAAAACAAAUCUGCUAUUGCACAGAUCAGAGAACGCAUAGAGGUAGGCUGA